AUGGCGGCCAAGAUGGCGGCGGCGGCGGCGCUGUGGCUGCUGCUGGCGGGAGGCGGCUGUCCCCCAUGCCCCUCCCCUCCGUGGCAGCCCUCGGACACCGAGCCCUGCUCCCUGCCCCUGGAGCACUCCUUUGAGCCGGACGAUGCCCCCCGCUUCCGCCGCCGGGGGACCCUGACCUGGACCCCCGGGCCCGAGCUGGGGCUGAGCCUGGCACAGAAGCAGCUCACGGAGGAGGAGCGCAACCAACUGCGGGAGGUGGCCGCCAGGGACGGGCUGUACCGCGUGCGCAUCCCCAGGCGGGCGCCGGGACCCGGCGAGGACCCCGCGGGCUCUCACGUGACCUCCUUCGUGCGCGCGUGCUCCCUGCUCGAGUCCCGCCUCUCGGACGAGCUCUCGGUGCACGUGGACGUGGCCGGGAACGUGGUGGCUUUGGCUUUGGUGGUGGCGGCGCCGGGCUCCUGCCGGGGCUCCCCGGUACCGGAUCGGGACCUGGAGCUCUUCAACAGCAGCGUGGUGCUGAGACAGCCCCUGCCUGCUGUGGGCCCCGAGACUGCGGCGUUCAUCCGGCACCUGGAGCAGGAGCAGGCUCAGCGCGCCCGGAACCCGCAGGAGCAGCGCUCCUUCUUCGCCAAAUACGUGAGGGCACCCCAAAAA